AUGGGCAACUCAAACCCCACAGAGCCAGCCCCGGCCUACGAGGAACUGUUCCAUGCACCUGGUGCAAGCUCACGGAAUGGCUACGCCAUAGUCAAUCAAACCGACGCUGCCGAUGAGCACAGAGACGUGGAGCAGGGCCAUCGCCAUCACAAUGGGCCCAUCCCCUUCGAGAGAGCCGUUGUGGGCACUGAGCCAAAUCAACACAUCCACUGCUCAGAAUGUGACCGCCAGCGGGAACGCAAAGAAAGGCAGGAGAAUGAACGGAAAACAUGCGCCAUCGUUGCGAGAACAUUUAUCCUGAUCAUCCUUUUCUUGGUGUUCUUGGGGGUUGUGGCCCUUCAAGCCUGGAAGGAGGUUCGUAUGAAGAAGUUGAAAUCGCAUGACUAG